CUGGCUCAGCCAGCUCUGCAGACACUCGGAGUGCUGCUGGAGUUUUGAUUUCAUGGCUGUAGUGUUCAGGAUUUGGAGCUGAGGAUAUGGACUGCUUUCGACUUCACAAAAACAGGGCGAACAAAGACCCGCUGUUUCUGACGGGGGUGACCUUCCCUUCAGAGUAUCCUGCUAGCCCAGAGACACUAGUCAAGCUGACUGUGUAUGAUGCAAAGGACAAGAGCCAGGAAUCAGUCAUCUGAUGGUGUGUGCACAGCAGGAACAGUGGUGGUGAGCCGUCUGAAGAUGGGGGAGAUGGAGGAGGUUGACGUUGACCACAUCACCACCGACAUACCAUCACAUAAGUGUCCCGUGGUUUGUGAGUCUGCGUCCCAUGCCUGCAUCGACAAAGAAAAUAACCCACUAACAGGGCCGGUGUUCAAGAACCCAGUAUGCAAGGUGUACAGAUUUCAAACAGUGGACAGCAAGUGGAUGCUUGUGCGGGAACAAAUGGAGGAGUGCACGUUGUCCUUUAGCGUCCCUAAACAGCUGCUCUCGCUCUAUAUUCAGGAGGACAUGAGCAGGGUACAGGACCUGAGGGAGCUGGGGGAGCUGUCUCCUCACUGGGACAACUUAAGAAAAGAGGUGAUGACACGAUAUGGAGGAAUCAUCAGCUCCUACCAGGAGACUUUGGCUGAACUGGACAAGAUUACUGGUCGUUCAUUCAAGCCAAGCUGCUGCAAAGCCCAGAAAUCUCUGGAGUUCAUCCCAAUAAACCUGCACACCCAGAGGAUGAGGGUGACGUGCCCCAGAAAAACAGAUGCGUUCUAUGACAUUGUCACUGUUGGUGCCCCUGCAGCCCACUUCCAAGGCUUCAAGUGUGGUGGUCUUCAGCGUGUCCUUAGCAGAUAUGAAGCAGAGAAAAAGAGCUUCAGCACUGCCUACCAGUGUAUCUACUACUCUCCAGAGCACACAGCCAAAGCUCAGGAGGUGCUCAGCACCAUGAGCCUCCUCCAGCCCCUCAUCACAAGCUUAGCGGACCAGCUCCUCCAGGCUGCCCAGGAGCACUCUUCCCCCGGACUGAGGGAUGCACUCAAGAACCUUUCUGACAAGACAGAACAAUUUGUUCACACACUUAAGGAUGAAUUGGUCAAGAGUGCACUGCUAGCAUUGCACGCAGCACGGCCCGGGUACGUUUCCAAGAACCAGAAGCAAACCUCGGUGCAGGGAGGCCAACAUCACGGCCACAUCCACCAGGACAGUGACCAGAAUCAAAGCCCAGUCCAGGGACUUCCUGGCCACAGUCCGACCUUGUCGGUCACUGAGAGCACAGCGGUGUGUAAUAAUGUGGAGGAAUCACAAACCACGACUAGGGGAGAAGGUGGGACUCUGCCGCUGAAGCACCAAGACUCCAUACCGCACCAUAAAGAGUAUGACGAGGAGGAGUGGGACAGGGUGUGGGCCAACGUGGCCAAAUGUCUGAACUGUGUAAUCGCCAUGGUGGAUAAACUCCAGGAGGAAGACAACAGCAAGCAGGAGCCAGUCCCUGAGCAGCAGCUGGCUGAUGUCAUCACCUCACACAACCCCGGCGACUGGCGGGAGCAGCUGCGUCCUCCAGUGACCAGGUUAAAGGAGUGUGUGAUGGAGGUGGUGGAGAAGGCGAAGAAAGCAAUGACCUUUGUGCUCCUGCAGGAGGCAGCCUGUAGCAUUCCACAAGGCUUUCUCCUCCAACAGAGGCGAGAUGUGGUCUUCAGUCAGGCACUGGCAGCCUUAGCCUGCGGUUUCGUGAUGAGGCUGUACGCAGGAAUGCAGGACAAAGGCUUCCUGAGGCAGCUCCACCUUGUUGGCCUGGUGGCCCAGUUUGAGAGCCUUCUCAGCACAUACAGUGAAGAGAUUGGGAUGCUGGAGGACAUGGAGGUUGGGAUCUCAGACCUGCAGAGAGUCGUGUUCCAGAUAACAGAGGCCAAGACAGAUGACUUCAGCGACCUCCAACCUUUAGUGUGUGGCCGACGAGACCACUUCGCUGUAGAAGUGCCAUUACCACGACUGGUUUUCCAGACCUUGCCAGAGGAAAUCAAGGAGGGCAAGCCUCUUCGAGUUUUUCCGGUGCUGUUUAACGUGGGCAUCAACGAACAGCAAACUAUAGCUGAGAGGUUUGGAGAUAUCUCUCUACAAGAAAGAAUAAACCAGAAGAACUUUGAGAUGUUAGAAGCCUAUUACAAAUCAAUAAGUGAAAAGGUGCCACUAGAAUGUCUACCAUGUUUUCAGACACAGACUGACAUAAAGGAAUUACUUGAAACCUUGGGGCAGAAUGUAGUUACAAAGAAGAGAAAGAAUGUGGAGAUACUAUGGAUUGCUGGAACGAUCUGCCGAAGGUUAAAUGGCAUCAGGUUUACCAGCUGUAAAAGUGCCAAAGACCGGACAUCUAUGUCUGUCACUUUAGAGCAGUGUGCCCUCCUACGUGAUGAACACCAGCUCAGCAAGGAUUUCUUCAUCCGUGCUCUGGACUGUAUGCGGAGAGAAGGAUGUCGGAUUGAGAACGUUCAAAAGAAUAUUAGAUGCAGGAAAUAUGCCUUCAACAUCUUGCAGCUGAUGGCCUUCCCCAAGUGCUACCGACCACCAGAGGGGACUUACGGCAAAGUUGACUCUUGAGGACGCAAGUAAUGUACUGUCAAACCAGUCAUUGUGUGUAACCCAAGUAGUAAAUAUGAGAACUUCGACAAAAUAGUGAGGAUGUAAAAUGUUUCUUUCUUUUUAAGACAAUUCUUUGUUUAGUUUUAGGUUACACUGUUACGUAAGGAGGCAGUGUAUGUGUUUAUACAAGCUGGAUUUGCCAAACGUGUUAUUUGUCAAGUUAAUGCACUUUCUAUAUUUGCCUUUUUCAUGGCCUAAGAAGAGCUGAAGAGUGGGAAAAUACAUUGGAUGAACGUCCGUGCCACAGUGUUUUUUGUGGUCUUCCCAAUGCUUUGGAAACAAACAGUUUAUAGUCUCAUUACAUGUUUGGAUAUACAGAGCUGUACAGGAUGAAGAUUCACACUCAAAAGUUCCCUCCUGCUUGUAGGAGUUCAUCAUUUUCUGCAGUUCAUGAGCAUUUGAUCUGUACAUUAUUAUGGUAUCACAUAUCCUGGUCCAAAUUUUCCUUAUACUGUUUUUGACUGUUGCAGAUGUGUAGUUUCAUUAAUUUUGACUGAACUGUCCUCAUGGAUGUAAGUUACAUACCAGUAUUUUAAGGCUUAUUUUGAUAACUCAUCCCAUUCUCGUAAUGGUUGCACCUCAGCUUUUUUCCAUUUUUAUAUCCCAAGGUACAAGCCAGUGUAACCACAUGAAGUAUAGGUGGGUUAUAGAACAAGAUGAGGCUAUUGGACCAUCAUUUCUGAAUGGUAUAUAAGAAAUUGCAUUAUUUAUUUUUGUAUUCGAAGAUCAUUUUAUUUUCUAAGGGUUGAUACCUUGGACUUAAAUGCAUGUUUGAAAUGUAUUUGUUGUGUCAUAGAUUAGACAUUUACAACUGGCUAUUUGAAAUAAAAUAAAAUAAUGGUUUAAUGUG